CCUAGACUAGGCCUCUCCACAGGAUUACACGUGAUUGUACUGAAGUCGAUGUCCAUUCCCCUACUGAUUCACCUUUUACUACCCAUCAGGCUGGUACGACCAGGCCUUCAGCGAGACGGUCCUCGAGUCACUCGACUUCGACUACAGCGAUGGCACCAAAUAGUGGUGUCUGAUGGGCGGCGCGCAGCAGCUUGCCAUCCUCGUGGAGAAUCAGCUCAAGGCCAACCCGACCUACUCCUCGCCCGUCGCCUCGAUCACGUGGCACUUUGGCCUCUCACACCAGACGGAGAUCACCCUCCUGGUUGGCCUUCAUUUCGGCGCACCGCAUGGAGAGAGCGGCGAAGUUGAGGCGGGAGGAGUAAGAUGUUGGGAAUGGUGUAGACCUAAACAUCUCUGCUGAAGAUGAUGCUACUACUAUUGAUUGACUACAGGAGUACGUUGCAGUGGUUGUAUCCAAAAUUGACCAGUGGAAUGUUGCUAUCAGAGCUUGUGAAAAUCGUCGGAGUCUUCACCACUUAACGUUAUGCAAAAUCUUGCUUUUCGCACAACUGCUUUUGAUGACUCAGCAAGCACGGGCCAGCGCCUCGACCGAAGUUUUGCCGGCCGAGAACCCGUUCGCGUUCCCGGAGUGGGGCCGGCUCCGUUACGAAUGCAAACGGCAUCGGCGAC